UGUUAAUACUCUGAGUGGGUCCAUAUAUGCAGCUGCAGGGGAUUCUUGUGCUUAUUGUUGGGAUGUGGACACUGGUCAAGUGAAAAUGGUUUAUAAGGGGCACUCAGACUACUUGCAUAGCAUAACUGCUAGAAACUCUACUAAUCAGAUUAUAACUGGUUCAGAGGAUGGCACAGCACGAAUAUGGGAUUACAGAAGUGGAAAGUGUAUUCAAGUGAUUGAACCAGGAAAGGAAAUGAAGCUGAAAGGACAUUCCUCGUAUGUCGGUUGCAUUAGUCUUGAUGCAAGUGAAAGCUGGUUGGCUUGUGGGAGUGGUCGGAGUUUAUCAGUAUGGAACCUUCCUGCUUCUGAAUGUAUUUCAAAGAUUUCAACUUCUGCAUCUGUGCAGGAUGUGGUUUUUGAUGAAAACCAAGUGAGUGGCUUUUCUUUUUAUUCUCAACGGUUAGACAUGGAGUGAAGCUUUUAACAUCUUUUUGGUCCAUAUCAGAUACUAGCAGUUGUGGCAGAACUCCUGCUCAACCGGUUCAAUAUAAAUGGGGAGAUUCUUUCACAAAUACAAUGCGCUCCUCAGUCAGCCUUCUCUGUCUCAUUACAUCCAUCUGGGGUUACAGCCGUUGGUGGUUAUGGAGGUCUUGUUGAUGUCAUCUCACAAUUUGGAAGCCACUCAUGCACAUUUCGCUGCCAAUUUGAAUAUUAAGAAUUCUACUGCAGUUUCAACCUGUGUGAACAUGUUGCUGAAAUUGUAAGUUGUUUUUGAAUUGAAACAAGCCUCAGGAGUCAGCUAGUAGACAUCUUUUCCCUGCACAGAAUAGUUUAAGGUUGCUUGUUGGAUGCUUCACUGUGUUACUAGCAUGGAAUUUUUCAGCACCUCUAUUUGUGACAUUGUUUUACUGCAAAAAUAUUAGCAACUUGUAGUUUACUAAUUUUGGCAAUACCACCUUGUAAUAAUUAGGCCUUCCAAAGAUUUAAGUUAUAGAUAAUUUGGAUGUGGUUGAUUUAACGAGUGUUAGCUCAUUUACAUUUUGAGGAAAGAGGUCUUUCGAUUA